AUGGUUGUGGACCUCUGGGGUGAGUGCAUUGCCGACUUGAGAGGCACGAGGAAAAAUUCCCAUGUGUUCAUGGAAAUGGCGGAAAAGCUCAAGUCAGCCGGCUUUAGUGGCACAUGGUCAGAUGUCCGCACCACAAUUGAUAACCUCACCAGGAAGUACAAGACAGAGAAAAUAAAAAUUGGACCCAGUUGUGGCGAGCCGUCUUCAUGGGCAUUUUUAGACAAGGUGCACUGCAUUCUGGGAGGCUUGCGAGUGCAUGAUGUCGACUCCCCGAGAUUAACAAACACGACUUGUAACAUGGUGUAUGUUGAGUUCAACGUGUCGCAACAUCUAGCACUGGUUGUGGCAAUGACUCCUCCGUUAACAAAUACCUACACCCCAUAG